CCGACCGCCUCCACAUAGAUGUGUAUCUCUUUGAUGCAAGAAAUUGUUUUUCAUUACUUUAACAAAGUAUACCACAGCGGAGCAGAGGUUAAAAUUAUUACAUACAUUUUAAAAUACACAUUUUUUCUGUACCGAUAAGUUUCCUUUGAAAUUAGCGAAGAGUUUGUGUGAUAUUAUUUUCAAAAACGACUCCAAGAAGGAUAUAAGUUUAAUUAAUUAUUUGAGUUAACUGGUCAUUAACAAAAGGCUGACAAAAAAAGUAUUUAUCAUGUCAUUUUGAUAACGGUCAUGCGGACGACACAAGUAUAGUUUUAUUUUAAUUUAUUAAGAUCACCGCCACUCAAAUUCUGCAAAAUGGUCGACGGAGAAUCCAAUAAAGGUACAAUAGAUACGGUGCAGGUGGCUUUGAGGAUAAGGCCUUUGAUGCGACAGGAAGUGGAAAGGGGUUGUGACGAAUGUAUUGAAGUUAUACACGGCGAACAUCAAGUCCAAAUAAAGGAUCUGGCCUUUACCUUCAACUAUGUAUUUCCACAACACAUCACCCAGCAAGAGUUUUAUGACACUGCCGUUAAAGGACUUAUAGGAAAACUGUUCCAAGGGUAUAAUGUAACCAUAUUAGCCUAUGGUCAAACAGGCUCAGGCAAAACUUAUACAAUGGGAACUAACUACUCAGGAUCUAAUGGAGAUUUUACUAAAUUGGGUGUUAUACCCCAAGCUGUUGCAGAUAUAUUUGAUUUCAUUGAGGCACAUGAAGACAAAUUCAUAUUUAAAGUGAAUGUAUCAUUUAUGGAACUUUAUCAAGAACAUUGCUAUGAUUUGCUGUCUGGCAAGGAGAGAAGCCAUAGUAUCAUAGAAAUUAGAGAAGAUAUCAAUAAAGGAGUUAUAUUGCCAGGCAUAACUGAACUCCCGGUUACAUCUACAAUGGAAACCAUGACUGCCCUUGAACGGGGAUCCAUAGGCCGAGUCACAGGGUCCACAGCAAUGAACCAAGCCUCGAGUCGUAGUCAUGCAGUUUUCACUAUUGUUAUUGCAAAAGAAAGUAGGACUGACAAGAAUAUAGCAACAACUUCAAAGUUUCAUUUAGUCGAUUUAGCGGGUUCUGAACGUAUUAAGAAGACAAAGGCGAGUGGCGAGAGACUUCGAGAGGGAGUUAAAAUUAACCAAGGGCUGCUGGCUCUAGGUAAUGUUAUCUCAGCAUUGGGAGACGGAACAAACAGAAGUUUUAUAAGCUACAGAGAUAGUAAACUUACUAGAUUAUUACAAGACAGUCUUGGCGGUAACUCUUUAACACUUAUGGUGGCCUGUGUAAGCCCAGCCGACUACAACUUGGAUGAAACUGUAUCAACUCUUCGUUACGCGGACCGGGCGCGACGCAUUCGCAAUAAACCUAUUAUCAACCAAGAUGCUAAAGCAGCAGAGAUUGUCAGGUUAAAUAAUUUAGUCAAUGAAUUAAGAUUGCAAUUGGUUGGAAAACUUCCAACAGUUAGUGAGGAGAACAAUGAACAGUUGCUAGAAAAGUUAGAAAAAGAGAAAUCAAAAUAUGCUGAACUGUUGAAAAAGCAUAAGCAGGUUACGGAGCAUCUCAGCAACAUGCUCAUUGAGAAUACUAAUCUGUGUGAAAAGGCCCUUCUAGCAGAAGCUGCAAAGGACAAAAUUGAAAGAAAAUUAAAUGAACUAACAGAACAGUGUAAUCAGACCAUCGAGAAUUUGAAUACAUCUGAGAAAUCACAGGAUGAUGACGGCCAGAAGACCAAUGUACUGGAUUAUUUGAAGCAGAUCAAAUCUACUCUGGAAGAUUUGCAAUCCGUUAACAUUAAGACGAAUGAAGAGUUGAUAGAUCAUGAAAUUAAGUUGUCAUUUGUGAAGGAAGAUGAUGAGGACAAGGUUGAUGAGGGUGUUGUGAUGAAUGAGGAUCAGGCAGUAUUGGAGGAAGAAAAGAGAGCUAUGGGACAGGUUGCGCUGAAUCAAGAACUACAGGAGCUAAAUCGGGCGAUGGCUAUCAAGGCGUCUGUAGUUCAAGCUAUUCUAGCUAACAAUAAGGAAAUGCUCGAGAGUCAUAACAAUUUGCGGGAAAAUGAGGAGAAAAUUGAACAGCUUGAAAAGGAGAAAGAUGAGCUAAUGCAACAGCUCCGACAGACCAAGAUAAAAGAUCCUUCUCACGACGAACGGCGAAAGAAAGUUUCAAUGUUGGAAGCGGAAAUAACUGAGCUGAAAAAGAAAUGCCAGCAGCAGGCCUCUAUCAUUAAGACGAAAGAGAAGAAUGAGCAAAAGAUUGCUUCUUUAAAUGCAGAACUGCAAGCAAUGAAGGCAACAAAGGUGAAAAUCAUCAGGCAGAUGCGAGAAGAGAGUGAGAAGUUCCGCAAAUGGAAGGCGGACAACGAGCGUGCACUGCUGCGGCUGCGCAACGAGGAUCGGAAGCGCGCUACUGCUAUGGCGAAAAUGGAGUCGCUGCACGCCAAGCAACAGACUGUGCUGAAGAGGAAAAUGGAGGAGGCAGUCGCUGUUAAUAAAAGACUCAAGGAAGCUCUAGACAGGCAGAAGCAUACUGCUAUGAAACGGAAUGCUAAGGGCAGCGUGAAGGCGGGUGCUAUACAGCAGUAUGUUGAGCAGGAGCUAGAAGUCCAUCUCAGUAUUGUUGAGGCAGAGAAAUCGCUCGAAGAACUCAUGGAGUACAGGGCGUGGAUAACAGAACAAAUAGAGAGUCUACGAAACAGUACCGACAGCGAAGCGAAUCAGAAAAAAAUAGCCGAAUUGGAAGAUGAUCUUGCUUUGAGGAAGGCUCAAAUAUCAGACCUGCAACAGAAGAUACUGACAGCUGACCAAGAAAACAAAGCAAGAACGCAAUGGGACAACAUCCAGUCGAUGUUGGAAGCUAAGGUAGCUCUCAAGUGCCUAUUCGAGUUUCUCGUGGACGCCAAGAGGGAGCUGCAGAACCAAAGUGAGAAGGGCUACCAGGCGCGAUAUGAGGAGCUCAAGGAAUCAUACGACAGGGUCAUGUUGGAGUUUGAGAGUAACAAAACUGAGUUUGAAGAACGUCUCGCCGCUAUCAAGCUGCAGAAUGAACAGAAGCUGAGCGCUCUAGUGGCGCUGCAACGCGGCGUGGUGAGCGGCGACCGCGGCUCGGCGUGCAAGCAGCUGCACACCGUCAUACAGGGCCAGCAGGACCGACUUGACCAGCUCGAGCAGGAGAAUAAAAAACUAACAGACGAACUAGAAGAAUUAAGGAACGCCAACAAGAAAACGAAGAAGCGAUCUAAGAAAGAGAAAGAUAAUGACGGAGAAGCUAAAAAGAAAAUGGAGUAUAUUGAACCCACAGACGAGGAGGAGGAUGAAUUUGAGGACAAGGAUAAGGACCCCGACUGGAGAGGAACACCGCUGUUCAAGAGGAUACAUGCGCAGCGGUCGCGGCUAACGAUGAACUUCACAGCGGAGAAUGCUGCGGACACGACGCGCGCGACAAAACGCGGCAGCGACGGCGCGACGCACUGCACGUGCCGCGGCAGCUGCAGCACCAAAAUGUGCGGGUGCGUAAAGGCGGAGCGCGGGUGCGGUACCGGCUGCCGCUGCACGAGCGGGCUGUGCCGCAACCGCCGCGCCUCCUCCGAUACUGACGAUAAGGAGAACAACCCAUCAUCCAGUACUGAGUUAGACGCCACGCCUCCGUCGUACUUCGAUAAAAGAGAUCACCUUGAUGCCACAUACGUAAAGAAAAAGAAGAGUUAUUUUUUUCCAAAUGACGCCAACAAUGAUGACGUCAAAACUGCCGUAAAGACUGAGUAAAAGACUAACCCGGUUCGAAAUUAUGAUUUUAAUGAAGCAAGCCUUUAUUUAUAUUUUUUAACAACGGACAAUGUAUUGACGAGUCGAGUGAAUUAGAAGUUACAAACUUUUAAUGUGAUAAGAAUUCUGAAAUAAUGUUUGUGUUUAAGUUUUGUGAUGCGCCUCCAUGAUGCAUUAUGUAAAAUUUAAUGGAGUCUCAUAAUAAAAUUAUAUUUAUUUAAA